GUCUGUAAAAAAAAUGGUGGACGAUGUUAUGACUUAUGAGUGACAUGUUAUCAAGGAUAUUAUGUUGAGCUCAAAGCGCAUCUAAGAUGUUGAGCACUAACGGGUAGCGGACUUCCUUGUGAACUCUUGCGAUUAUUAUCGACAUGCCGACCAGAGCUGAGGGACAGCACAGUUGGACCGAUGAUCUACCCGUCUGCAAACAGUCUGGCGCAGGAUUUUCAACAAACCAAAUAUAUAGGGAGGAUGGCGAACGGCAGGAGGACCACCCGUUUGAGGACCGCAGUUUUCACUGGCGUUACGAUGAUUCAACAUUUUUGUACGGAGUGUUCGAUGGGCACGAAGGUACCAAGGCAGCAACAUUCGCCUUGCAGCGUAUGGCAGCUGAAAUUCUAUUAGGACAGCUCAAUGGCAAAACGACAGACGAGGAAGUUAAAGAAGUACUCAGGCAAGCUUUUAUCACAGUGGAACGAGGGUAUCUGGAUACUAUCGGGGACAUUUUAGCAGAGCGUGCUAGUCUUCAAUUUGAUAUACCUGACGGAUUAAAUUCCUACGAAACAUAUCAGAAAUUCCCAGAUCUAAUUGAUAAGCUGAAUUCACUCAACUGUGAAUUGUCAGCUGGAACUAGUGCCGUAGUAGCUUUAGUACACAGCGGCCGAUUGUAUGUUGCAAAUGUCGGAGACAGUCGAGCAUUACUCUGUAGGACAGACAGCAACCAGGUCCUUAGAGUGGUUCAAUUAAGUGUUGAUCAUGAUCUGCGAAAUGAAGAUGAAUUACUGCGACUCUCCCAGCUCGGUAUAGACAUCGAUUCAGUCAAACAAGGAUCACAUUUAGGGAACCAAGAGAAUACCAGGUGUCUGGGUAAUUACCUGGUCAAAGGUGGCUAUAGAGAAUUUGAAGAAUUGUCAUCUGCAAGUGCAGAACCCAUCAUUGCAGUUCCGGAAAUCCACGGUGGCAUUGAAAUCGAUGAGUCAUGCAGGUUUUUGCUUCUCAUGUCGAGAGGACUUUACAAAUCUCUGGAGGAAGCUACCGGGACUGACCAGGUCAACAAAGAACUGGCGCAGAUGGCUGUAGAGCAAUUCAGGGUGCAAUCUACUUUGCCAGGAGUGGCGCAAGCAGUGGUAGAUAAAGUAGUCAGAAUACACCACGACGUCAAUAUGAGUAACUCGCAUAAUACAUUAUCUACAGGAAAACGUGACGACAUUACUUUGUUGGUCAGAAAUUUCAAUUUCCCACUUCCCCAUGCAUUGAAAAGUCCGGUAAAUCUAUCAGUGAGAUUUAAUCCUGUGGUGCAAACUGUCCCUGUGCCAAUGCUCAUGGACAAUGACUAUUAUUCCAGCCAGGGAACUAACGCGACGGAACAAAACUGUGAUACUUCAACCACAGAGACAUCAACUACCUCAGAUAUCUAUCCUCCGGGAGGUACGCCGGUUAACAGAGAUGCGAAAAUCAAACCGUAUGUUGAUUUUUCAGAGUAUUUCAAAAAUGUUGAAAAACGACGAGAAGAGGGUACUUUGCCGGAAGGCAUAGACUUCUGAUUUGUAGGAAAAUUCUCCUGUAAUUCAAUAUUGUAUGCCUGAAUGAGGUACUCGCUAAUAUUGAAAUUGAAAUGAAUCGCUGUAGAAUAUUGAUGACACAAAUAAAGUAAAGAAUGAUAAACUGCU